ACAGGACGGAGCUUUUCGACGCCAGACGUUCCUCUCCCCACGUUCCACCACGAUGUCCUCCCAGACCCCGUACUAUAGCCCCGUUAAUCCAGCGGCUUUCGGCACGCUAGCCUUGAUUCUGAUCGGGUCUGGUUUGUCCUUCAUGGCCUUAUUUUUUGUGUACGAGAUGAAGGGGAAUCCGGAAGAGCCCUCUCGCCUCGCGUCCUCCGCCCGCUUGCCCUCCCUGGUCUCGCACGACCACAAGAGCCGCUCCCUGGUCAAGGAGCUUUUCAUGGCCACCCUGUCCUCCCUCCUCCUCGGCUGUGGCACCCUCUUCCUGAAAGAGAUGCUUUUCUUUGUUCGAUCGCAAAGAGCUAUUGGAAGGUG